CAGCGACGGCGAGGGAUGCGGGUCAACGACGGCGGGGGAUGCAGAAGCAUCAUCGGCGGUGCUGAAGUGCCGGUGGCGGGGGUUGAGGAAGCAUCAUCGGCGGGGGGGGCUUUUGACGGCGGGGGUUGAGGAAGCACCAUCGCGGUGGUGCUGAAGUGCCGGCGGCGGCGGUGCUGAAGUGCCGGCGGUCGUGGUGCCGAAGUGCCGGCGUCGGCAGUGGUAGAUGACAUCAGUCAGUGGGGGAGUACAGGGGUGUAUAGGGCAAAAAGGCUAAGGGGUAUAAUGGGAAAGUCAACACAAUUUUCAUCACACAUAAAUUUGCGUUUUGCGUGCCCUGUCAAACAGGAAAGUUUUUUUUUGCACGGAGGGAGUAUAGAAUUCCCGGUUUAAGUAUAUGUAACAUACUCGGUAUUGUUUAGUACACACUAUUUUUUCGGGGAGCCUAAUGAGAAACGUUCUUCCCAAAGGGAAUCACUACUUUUUUUUUUAAUUCUUUAUUUUAUUCUAUUUUUUUGCAAAAGGGAAUCAAUUACUUUAUAAAUUAGGUUUUGUGUAAGAGAAAGUUCCACGGAGCAAGUUGGUUAUGGUUCUUAUAGGGACGACCGAACGAUUAGGAGUCACUAAGCAGAGCAGCUCCUCAAUUCCUAUCAUUGCCAGAGUGAUCGCUCCUAAUUUUUCGGACCUCUGUUCUUAAAUCGAAAACCCCGAAAUUUCGGGGAUUAGAGAAGAAGGGUUUCACUUGCCCACUAUCUUUUACGAUGUCUUGAAGAAAAAGAAGAAGAGUGAGAUUCCGAUUAUCGGACCCAAUGGCGAGCCCUGCAGGAAGUGGAGGAGGAGGAGGAGGAAGAAGAAGAAUCUUUGAAGAAUUUUCACCGGGGUAUUAUGGGGUUUGCGCCAUUGGAGGAAUGUUGAGUGCUGGCACAACUCAUCUCGCUUUAACACCUUUUGAUGUCCUCAAAGUCAAUAUGCAGGUCUUCCAUAUCCCCCCCUCUUUUUCCCCUAACUUGUUAAUGAAAAAAUAAGAUUUUGUUUUUAAAUUCUAUUUUCAAUUUUAUGUUAGAUUUUGCUUUAACACCUUUUGAUGUCCUCAAAGUUUAUGUUUGUUUGAUGUACUCAUUUUAUCCGGCGAUUGAUUGAAAACUAACAAGAAAUGAGGUGCUGAAUUUUGGGUCUUUAGGUGCACCCGGCGAAGUACAAAAGCAUACCAACCUGCUUUACCAUUCUACUGAAAGAAGAAGGUCCAUUGGUGUUUUGGAGAGGAUGGGGUGGGAAGUUCUUAGGGUAUGGCGUUCAGGGUGCUUGUAGAUUCGGCCUGUAUGAAUACUUCAAGAACGUGUACUCGAAUUUUCUUGGGGAUCAAAGGAAGAGUUUGAUAUUCUUUCUGAGCAGUGCAUCAUCUGAAAUGAUUGCCAAUUUCGCUCUCUGCCCGUUUGAGGCCAUCAAAGUCCGUGUUCAAGCACACCCUCACUUUGGGAAAGGUCUGGCUGAUGGAUUCCCCAAAUUAUAUGCUUCUGAAGGAGUCCGUGGAUUAUACAAAGGGCUUAUACCACUUUUGGGACGAAACCUACCAUUCUCAUUAGUUAUGUUUUCAACAUUUGAACACACGGUGGAUUUCACGUACAAAAAGAUAAUUCAGAAAAGGAAGGAAGAUUGCUCAAGAACGCAACAGCUUGGGGUGACAUGUUUUGCAGGAUAUGCAGCUGGAUCUAUUGGAAGUAUUGUUUCUAAUCCAGCUGACAACAUCGUUGCCUCCCUAUAUAACAAGAAGGCUUUGACCCUUAAGUUGGCGGUGAAAAAGAUUGGGAUCAUUAAUUUAUUCACCAGGAGUCUUCCUUUAAGGAUAAUGCUGGUUGGGCCAUCUCUAACUUUGCAGUGGUUGUUCUAUGAUACGAUUAAGGUUUUAAGCGGAUGGCCAACGAGUGGGUACAUCCGCCCCAGUUCAGAGGAGAUAAAUCACAUGUUGAAAUGAGAUGCACAUGAAGUCGACAAGUCCGUCAAGAUUAAGCAAAUUAAGUUACAAAACCAUAAAGCCAAGAUUGCUUUUUUGUUCUUCUUGACAAGAAGUAUGUGCAGAUUUUCUUUGUGUGGGUUUGGAUUGGAUCCCUUUUCUUUGCAGUGUAUAUAUUCUCUAUUUCACCCACCACCCUCUGUUGUUAAUUGCUGUGCUGGUUUCAGAGCCACUUGGUUUCUGAACAUUUAUGCCAACAGUUUUGGACAUAUGGUUAUUGUAAGUUUGAAUAUUAUUAGUAGAGCAUAUAGCCAUGCACUUAUAUUGAGCUGUCAUACUUAUUAUACUUGGUGAAGCCUUAGCUCACUUAUUUGACAAAGUUUUAGCUUGGGGUAAAUAAUAGAUUAAAUUAAGCUGACACAU